AUGUAUGGUAAUUUCUCAGCUGGAUCACAUGACACAAUUACCUCAAGAAUCGAUCAAGAUGUGUUGCAGGUCUGCCUGCGUUUCCGAUUUUUUCUCCCUGCCGGGCUCUUCCCACGCGCCGCGCUACAUGGACAAAGUUUAACACAGUCCGCCUGCCAGCGGUUCUUUCCCUGCUGCACAGAGGGAAAGGCACGAGGAGAUAUGACGGAAUACGAUGAUCGAGGCUGCGCGUCAAAUAUGUUUUUGCCGAGCUGCACUUAUUACGUUUCGACGCCCGAUUUCCCGUCAGUCUCCUCCUUUUUACCGCAGACCACCUCGUGUCAGAUCAAUUUCCCUUAUUCCCCCAGCAUAGCCCAACCUGUUCGAGAAGUCGCUUUCAGGGAUUAUGGACUGGACCAUCCCAAAUGGCACUACAGGGGCAAUUACGCGUCGUACUAUUCAACCGAGGAGAUAAUGCACCGGGAGCUGAUCCAGUCCUCCUCCAGCAGCAGCAGCGGCAGCAGCGGGGGCGGCAGCAGGGCGGAUGUUAGGUUCAAAAACGAGUCCUUGUACGGUCACCCGGGAGGUCCGAGCGCGCAGUGCGGCUUCUUCGCCGGCGUCGGUCGGAACGGUGUGCUUCCGCAGGGCUUCGACCAGUUCUUUGACUCCCCGAACGGAGAGAAGCCCGUGUGCGCGGAGCCCCCCAAACAAAAGGCAGACCCUGCAGAGCCAGGGGAUGCAGCCGACGUCAGCCAGGCUUUAACUAAACUGGAAGAAAAAACAAACCCAGCGCCGACUGGGAGCGUCGACGAGGACUCAUCCUCAUCCAACUGUGGCGACAGGAGCAACCGACAGAGUUCAUCAACCAAGUCCAGGAAGAAGAGGUGUCCUUACUCCAAGUACCAAAUCCGAGAACUUGAACGCGAGUUUUUCUUCAACGUGUACAUUAACAAAGAGAAGCGGCUGCAUCUGUCCAGGAUGUUGAACCUGACGGACCGCCAGGUGAAGAUCUGGUUCCAGAACAGGAGGAUGAAGGAGAAAAAACUCAACCGCGACCGCCUCCAGUAUUUCACAGGGAAUCCUUUAUUCUGAUGUCUGACAGUCAACUUUUUGUUUCCACCUCAUGUAACCCCC